AUGUCAGUUGGUCAUCCAGGAACGGGAAAAUCACCUGCCAUAGAGACAGUGCUGGCCACACUUCGAGACAUAGACACCAUCUCAAAGGAGACCCUUGUCAGCACCACAACAUCGUCCGGACUUGUGAAAACCAUUUCUAAGCAAGGUAAAGCCGUCGUUGUCUCCCCCGAAAUAUUUGAUAUUUUGAACAAACUCCUCAAAAACGACGAAGAUAACGCCACUAGUGACGUACAGCUGCUAUGCAAAUUAUGGAGUGGAGAAUCUGCAUCCUACCAUUUCGCGACAGAGGCUAUGCGAGAAAUUGAUUCCAACUCCGCAUUCUCCGCUCUUGGUUCAACCCAGAUCCAAAAUGCAGCGAUUCUAAUUUUUAGAAUGGACAAAGGCCACGGUCUUCUAGAUCGCUUCUUAAUUACUGUUCCAAACACGCGAAAGCUGACACCGGAAAAAGAAGAAGAAGGAACACAUUAUCUAGCAGACCUUCCCCUACAAGAUUUCGUGUCACUCUUUGCAGCAAUCUACGCCGCCCACUAG